UAUUUUACAAUAAAUACCUAGAGCGGCCUUUUCUCUUCCUUCUCAGUCGCUCAAAGACAUCACCAAAUGGCGGAUUCGGAACCAGCCGGUGGUGCUCGCGGAGGUUUUCGUGGAGGAUUCGGCGGCCGUGGCCGUGGAAGAGGCCGUGGUCGAGGCCGGGGACGGGGUCGUGGAAGGGGUAAAGCCGAGGACAAGGAGUGGGUGCCUGUGACUAAACUUGGCCGCUUGGUUAAGGACAUGAAGAUCAAAACUUUGGAGCAGAUAUACCUCUUUUCUCUUCCCAUCAAGGAGCAUGAGAUCAUUGACUUCUUCCUCGGGGCUGCCUUAAAAGAUGAAGUUCUCAAAAUCAUGCCAGUGCAAAAACAGACCAGAGCAGGACAGCGUACACGCUUCAAGGCCUUUGUUGCCAUUGGAGACAGUAAUGGACAUGUUGGUCUUGGUGUGAAGUGCUCCAAGGAGGUAGCAACAGCUAUUCGUGGUGCCAUCAUCCUUGCUAAAUUGUCUGUCAUUCCUGUGCGCCGUGGUUACUGGGGUAACAAGAUCGGUCAGCCCCACACUGUGCCAUGCAAGGUGACAGGCAAAUGUGGUUCAGUACGUGUACGUUUGAUUCCCGCACCAAGAGGAACUGGCAUUGUGUCUGCCCCAGUCCCCAAGAAGCUGCUUCAGAUGGCUGGUAUUGAGGAUUGUUACACAUCAGCUCGCGGACAGACGGCCACUCUUGGCAAUUUUGCCAAAGCUACCUUUGCAGCCAUCUCUAAGACCUACAGCUAUUUGACCCCUGACAUGUGGAAGGAGACUGUGUUUACCAAGACUCCAUACCAGGAGUUUACAGACUUCCUGGCAAAAAACCAAAGUGGACAGAGAGUGGUUGCCAAGGAACAAGCUAUAAAACAACAGUAAAAGAAAGCAAAGAAAAGCUGAAAUAAAAGUCACAAAAGAUGUAAA